CGUUGUAAACUUCCGGUUGGCAAACAAAAGAAAAUUGUGUAAAGUUGCAAGAUGCAGUAAUACUUUAAUUUGGUGUAGGCUUGGUGUACAGAAAGCGACGCUGUAGUAUGCUGUAGCGUGUUGUAAUAUGCUAAUGAGUGAAGUAACCUGAAGAUUUUUCCCUUGGACACAUUGCUGUGUAUCUAAGGGGAGGUUUUUGAUGCCACUUCCAACAUGGCUGAUGCUGAAGAUUUCGGAAGUCAGCAGGGAGAAACUGCAUGUCUCGAUAGUAAUCCAUCCUCGAUCCAACAAAGAAGUAGGUUUGAUAUGGAGAACCCUUUAUCCUAUGACUGCAGCUCCAAAUCAAUUACUUCAUUUUCACGUGAAAGCAUUAAGUCCAAGACAGCUGAGAAGGAUAACAAGAGGUCCGAGUGUAUAGCAUCACCUGAUGGUGAUACAGUACAGCAGACUGGCAGUGGUGCUACAAGGAUCAACUCUACUGAUGGUGAUACAGUACAGCAGACUGACAGUGGUGCUACAAGGAUCAACUCUACUGAUGGUCAUGAAGCUGAUACUAGGUUUGCUGCAAAACAUUCACAUGAUGAUCGUGAAGACAGUGAAGAGGAAAUGAGCAGUGAGGAUGAAAUGGAUGAAGGCAAAGUAUUAAGUGCUCAACAAACAGGGUUGAGUGGACUCAGUGACAUGCCAAUCCCUUUUUGUGAAAAAGGUGAUGACGAUCAGAAAAACUCAACUAUCCAUGAACAUGAUUCUAAUUGUCAAGAAACAAGUCUCUGUCAGGAACCAUCAGCAAAAGGGAAUUCAGUUUUGUAUAAUGAAGAUUCAAGCGCUAUUCAACCUGAAAUGCAUCAAACCGCAAAUCCAAAAAACCUACCAUAUGUUUGUGAUCAGUGUGGAAAAGGAUUUCAUGAGAAAGGGCAUUUGAAAUAUCAUACAAGAACUCAUUCUGAUGAAAAGCAGUUCACUUGUGACAUUUGCAAUCGUGGGUUUCAUUUCAGCUUUAAUUUAACAAAGCAUCGUAGGACACAUACCGGGGAAAAGCCAUACUCGUGUAACUUCUGUGGGAAAAAGUUUAGUCACAAGAACAGUUUGAAUCGACAUGUGACACUCCAUACAGGGUUUUCACACCAGAAAUGCAAAAUUUGUGACAAGGAUUUCUACGACAAGCAAAGUCUGAGAAAGCAUCUGAUCACACACACAACAGACGGAGAAAACAAAUGCCAGACAUGUAACAGGGAAUUCAACGACAAGCGAGGUUUCCUCAUACAUAUGCAGUCUCACGUUUCGGCAUUUGAAGCCUCAAUUGUAAACAAAACACCAGCGUUUGAAUGUGACAUAUGUCACAGAAGUUACACGUUGAAGAGUAGCCUUAACAGACACAUGAAGAAGCAUGACAAUGUUUAUAACCAAGAUUUCAAAAGUGAUGACGAAUCAGUAGAUUCCACCAUAGGAAUAGACUCUGAUCUGAAUGACUCAUGGAACAUUGCUCAGUCACAAAAAAUCUAUUUCCAAGAUCAAUUUAGAAUUAACAAUCUUAUGGAUCAAACAACUGAUGCCUCACACAAGAAAGACUUUUUUCAGCCUGGUAUAUCACUGUAUAAAAGAGAACAUAGGGAAAGUGGUCUUUCAGAUUCAAAGCUUAUUUUAGACAGUUGUAUUGAUCAAGGUAUGAACUUGUCUAUGAAGUCUGGAACCUAUAUCAAUCAUCAACCAGCGACUGCCUCUCCUGAGGGAAUGAGACAUAUCUCGGAUGAGGAGAGGAGUGGUUGCUUCAUGGAUGAAACUGCAUUAGAUCUAAGUAUGAAAACAUGUUCAGUUGCACUUGAUUUUUCAAUAAAACAAGAACCUGUUGAAGAUGUUUCUAACUACAGUAGGAACACAUGGAAUGAAGAUGUUGAUACACAAGUAGACUCGGACUGCGCUUUAGAUUUGUCUACAAACAAGUUCAACAUGCAGAUGUCAGAAAACAUGUCAAGACAGGCUUUACCACAAAAAAUUGAACCGGAAGAGAUUGAAUACCAUGAAAGUACAAUAGGCAUGAAGAUGAGCUGUGAACCUCAAGAGAGAACACUCAAGUGCAAAAAGUGCCCAAUGACAUUUGAUGAUCGUUUGCAUUUGCUAUAUCAUUCAAAAGAGUAUCAUCAAGAAAGUUUGUCUCCUUCACCUGUGGAUAUGAUGCAUCUGGGUUUUGGAGAAAAUGCUUCUCAAACGUCGCAGAGUGCUGACGAGAUGGAAGACGUUAUGGAAUCGAGUAAAUGUCCUUACUGUGGGGAUGAAUUCUCGUCAACUUCGGCCCUCAACAAACAUCUGUUAAUACACUUUAAAGACAAGACAGACUUCUGUGAGUUCUGCUACAGGAUGUUCGCAGAAAAGGACAUAUUCAAAGCACACAUCCAAACACACACUGACCAAGUCUAUGAAUGCAGCAUCUGUCCAAGAACAUUUGAUUUAAAGAUUGAACAGCAAGACCAUAUCAAAGAACACAAAGAAGGAAAGCCGUUCGUGUGUGGACAGUGUGAGAAAUCAUUUCCAAUAAAAUACUACCUUGAAUCCCACAUGCGAGUCCAUUUUGGUGAUAAGCCAUUCAAAUGUCAGACAUGUGGGAGGGGAUUUACUCACAGCUUUAAUCUGACAAAGCAUGUUCGAAUUCAUACCGGGGAGCGUCCAUAUGAAUGUCCUCAGUGCCAGCGGAAGUUCGCUCAAAAGAACAGUCUUAAUCGACAUAUGUAUUUACACGUCGGACAGUCACCUUUCAAGUGCAAAUUUUGUGACAAAUUCUUUGCCCACAACUUCGCCCUGCAGAUACACAUGUCUAAAAUACACGGUAUCUACGAUAAUGAAUACACACAGGACGAUUUUGAAGAACAUUUAACUUCUUUGCAGAAUGAGAAAUUACAGACAUCUGUAACCAAGACUUUACUAUACAAUGACACACAUGCACACUCUGAAGAAGUUCGUUCGACGAAGCGAAUUUGUGUGGAUAAAUCAAUGUCGUCCGAAGGAUUUCAAGACUUCAAUGGUUAUUCUCCAAACAUAACUACCAAAGAACAUUUAUAUGAAAAGCAGCAUGACGAAAAGGCAGAUGUUUCAAACGAAAGUGAGGAUCAAAGUGAUAAUCCGGAGGAACCAUUAAGCAAAUUUAACGAGGCUACAUACAGUCAGUCGCACAAGUAUGUUGAAGAAAUGCAACAUUAUGAAGGCAAGAGAAAUAUGGAGCAUUUCAAUGCAGGAAACACGUUCAUGCCUUGGCAAAUGCCGAAAGGUCUGGGGUUGCCACCAUUUCAACUACCAACAAUGCCUAUGAUGGACCCUAGCAUGGUGAUGUCCGCCUAUCUCCUGAAUUCCUACAUUGAGGCACAGCAAUUUGGAUUUAUGAGAAGCAUGCAGGAAAAUGAAGGCUUGGAAGUACCAUUUAAUGAGAAGAUUCCAACCCCGUCAAGACCUUUGGUAACCGAAAAGGUCGCACGGUUCAGAGAAGUUGUUGACGUUCAGAACAGGAACGUAGAUAAAAGUGAGCAAACACCAGAAUCAGAUAUGCAUGUGUGUCAGGAAUGCGGAAAAUCCUUCAAGAAAAAGUACUACCUCAAAUCCCACAUGCGUGUGCAUACUGGUGAGAAACCGUUCAAGUGUGAAAUCUGUGGGAAAACAUUCAGUUACAGUUUCAAUAUGAAGAAACACAUCAGAACUCACACAGGGGAACAGCCGUAUCAAUGUCAAAUAUGUAAACGACGUUUCAGUCACAUCAACAGCCUCAACAGACAUGCGUCCACCCACACUGAUACCAGUAGCAGGUGCUCCUGUCGUUAUCCAUUAUGUGAUGCCACUUUUUCUGAUAAAAACUCUUUAUAUCAACACGUCCUUCUUAAGCAUGGUCUUCACAGAGAGCUCAUGAAUCCCAGUGAAAGUCGAUGCAAUGACUCUAACAUAGAACAUCUACCGACUGAUGUUCCCUUUAACAACAAUGCAGACUCAUCUUUGACUUUAGCAAAUACGAAUCCAGGCGGCAUGGUCCAUAUCCAAGGCGACGUAAAUGUCACGCCCCAUGACUCUGCAAUGACAAAUGCGCCCGAUAAGAAUAACAUCACCAAUGAAGCACGGAAAGAGGAUGAAGAAGAUAUGGAAACGCACGAUUUGUCCUAUGAGGAAUAUGACGGGGAUGAUAGCACAAGCCAAGUUUGUAAUCUUUCUGUGGGGAGCUCGAUAGGACAAGAAAACGUAUUCAAUGUUAACGGUGGAUCAUACCACCAAGCAAAUGGACAGUCUGCACACCUUGUUGACCCAUUGAUAGACGAUAAAUAUGAGUUCAACCCUAAUGAUGUUGUUCAAAAUCCAAGUAAACCUAAACGUGGUCGAAAGUCCUCUGGUCCUUCGGUUUCUCUGGUCUGUCAUGUAUGUGCCAAGGUUUUCUUGAAAAAACAGGAUCUCAAAUCUCACUUGAAAGUCCAUUCAGACGCCCGACCUUUCAAUUGUGACCUGUGUCCGAAGGCGUUCAAUCACAAAUCGACGCUGACUAACCACCGUCGUAUCCACACAGGCGAGAAGCCGUAUGGGUGUGAGAUCUGCAAGAAAGGCUUCACGUUUCUCAGCAGUCUACAACGUCACAAACUUCUUCACAUGACGGAGACGACCUUCAAGUGUUUCGUGUGUGGUGAAAAUCAGGAAGAUAAACAAACUCUCAACAAACACCUGAAAACUCACGUCCAAGGUGGAGAAGUCCAUCGAGGGAAUCAGAUUGCUGCAACUAUAUAGAAAGACAUUUACUCCGGAUGCUUUGCACAGGUUAAUUCCAGCAUGUUUUAUUUAAACGGUAUUACAGAGAGACAUUUUUGAGGUGACAAUAUAUACUAUUAACUAGACAAAAUUAGUGGAUAGUUCAUCAUUCAUUAUCUUCCAAUAUUGACCAUGAAAAUACUUUUGUGCAGCGCGAUGGUGGCUGGUGUACAUACAUGGUACUACUUUGAUUCGGUCACAAAAGUGCCGACAUUAGCGUACGUGUGAAAGGACUUAUUUUUUUGUAUAUAUGUUCGUGUCAUUGCAAAAUGUCAUUGGAAGAGUAGAAAUAUGUCGUGUCGCUGGAAUUGAAGGAGUGUUGAAUAUGAAUUAUACGAAGAAUAACUAGACUGAUCAAUUUUGGGACCAAUAUUUUGUAGACUAGAUGUUCGUGGCUACAUUUGUACAUAUCAUGUUUUUUCCCUAAAGAAACUGCUCUGUAAGUGUUUUUUAUUGGCAAGUUUUGAUGGUGAAGAACGAUUACAAACAACGUUCCUACCUCGAUUCCGUGCCAUGGACGCGCCAUUAUCUAUUAUCGACAUCUACGGCUUUUUCAGAAAAAGAGGACAUAAAAAACCUCAUGUUUUAGGAUUUUUUCCAUUUUCUUCCUUGUAUUUUGCCAAAGAAACUAAACUUAGCUACUUAAAUACGCCCACAAACACUUAGUUCAUGUAUACGUUAUAUAGUAAGGAACAUAUUUGUGAUUUAUUGGAUGUUAAACCCAUGCAUGACAUCUUUAUUUAAGUAAUCCAUUUACCACAUCAAUAUUUUUGAUAAUUUUUAUACGUUUUCAUAGCUUGCAUUAUAAAUUCUACAAAUUAAUCCUUUUUGAGGAAGAAACUUGUUAUUUUUAUGUUUACAAUCCAUUAAGUACAGGGCCAUUUCUGAAUCGUUAGACGAACAGCAUUAAAUGUUUGUUUACUUGGUGAGUAUUAAAUGAAAGUCUAAUUAAAAGUGUGAUCUUU